AAAAAAGGUGAGCCUACCACAGUCACGAAUACAGCCCGGCGUUGGCCCUAUAAAAGGAAAAAGAACAGCACCAAGUGACACUCAACCUCUUGAAGACCCAUGAGCAGAUAGGUGCAGUCUCUCUCUCCCGGAUUUCAGGCACAAUGUUUGCAUUAUUGGUUUGCAUCCUGACACUGCAUGAUGUGUACUCUGCGUGCAAUGUGGUAAAAAUUUGCCCAGACAGCACAGGAGUUCAGGCUGACAUCCUUAACCAGCACAACGCAUUCCGGAGAGCGGUUACACCAACUGCUAGAGACAUGCUCAAGAUGAACUGGAGCGAGGAGGCAGCGGCCAGUGCUCAGGCUUGGGUUAACACCUGCUCCAUGGCUCAUGGCCCACCCAGCAGUCGCAUGCUUGGCGACUACGAAAUGGGUGAGAACCUCUUCACGUCCUCCGUUUCUAAGAAUUGGACUGCAGUAGUUACAGCCUGGCACAGUGAGGUCAGAGAUUACUCCUAUCCCAAUGGAUCUCUCAAUGGUAAACCCAUCGGACACUACACACAGGUGGUUUGGAACAGUUCAUACAAGGUUGGCUGUGGUGUGGCCCUGUGUCCUGGCUCAGUCUACUUCUAUGGAUGCCAAUACUACAGAGCGGGAAACUACAAAGGAGUGGCUCCAUACAAGGAAGGAGCUACAUGUGCUGACUGCCCCGACUCCUGCGAAAAUAAGCUUUGCACCAAUCCCUGUCCUUACGUAAACAAGUAUGCCAACUGUGCCGCCAUGAAAAUACAGGCCGGGUGCAGCAAUUCUUUGGUGUACGCCUGGUGUCCCGCCCUCUGCCAGUGCACCUCCAAAAUCACAUGAAUCCACCAGAACCUCUUCAAAAUGGUCCACUGAAAGAUAACUUUGAAUGAUUCCUCUGUUGUUUCUUGUCUACGAGAAGAAUUUAAAAAAACAUAUACACCUGGUUGAUCUAUCUACUGUACUUCUGGUGAAGUCAGUUCAUUUGAAAAAUACUAUCACUAAUAAUAUCUUAAUUAUCACUGUAGGUCUAAGGUACAGUUAAAACAUUAUUCUUAUUCUGGGGGUAAUAUAAGGUGUCUAAUCUAUAGUAACUAAUGUUAGUUGGAAGCAUAGCAAUUUAUUUUGUUCCCUUUCAUUGAUUUUCAAUGUCUUCAUUCCAAUUCGACCCCCCCCAAAAAAUCCGUAUUUGAUUUGCAUGCAAGUUGAAUAAGAAUAUCUUCUACAUUUUGAGAAGGUAGUAUUUCCAUCAGUUACUGUAACAGUGAACAUUUUGAUAAUUACAUUUCUGCUAAUAAACCACACAGUAAUAUGGUUAUACAGAACUGUAAUACCUCAACACAUUUAACUUUAAGUUGAUUCAGGGCAUUAUUUUAUGUUUGAUGAAAUGCAAGGAAUGCUGCACAUAAUUUUUUCUAUCAACAUUAAAUGUUUUCACAUGAUAGAAUUAUAUAACCCUUAUUAUUUUCCUCAAUCACAUUAAAAUGAUCAUGAAGAUUAA